AUGGCAAAUAUCUUUUCGACUGCCGAUGUUGACUAUCAUCGGAAAUUGAGAAGACUCAUGUCCGCACAAUUGUCCGAGUCGUCCUUGAAGUCGCUUCUCCCAGCAAUAACCUCCCGCGUAGAGUUGACGAUCCAGAGAAUGAAGGAGGAUAUGCAAACACGAGGCUUUGUGGAUGUCUUUAAAUGGUGUCUUUUUAUGGCAACAGAUGUCAUAGGCGAGCUUGCCUUCGGCGAGUCGUUCCAAAUGUUGGAGAAAGGCGAGAAAAACCAGUACAUCCGCGAUUUGGAGGGAGUUGGAGUGGUAUCCGCUGUUCGAAUCACCUUCCCACGAGUAAUUGCUUUGGCACGAAAAUAUCCACUGCCCAUCUUUCAGAAGAACGUUCAACAAGCUAGACGCAUUAUAGGCUAUGCUGAACAGUCUCUCCAACGCUAUCAGAGUUUGAUUGACCAGAACCCAGAAGUACCAAAGCAAAUAAUUGUCACCAAGAUGUUCAAGGCCAGAGAGGAUGAGAAGUUGUCGUUCUCCGAGAUCGUCAUAAACGCCCAGGGUUUGAUUGUAGCCGGCAGUGAUACGACAUCGAAUUCCCUAACCUAUUUGCUCUGGUCCGUCUGCCGGCGUCCUGAGCUCCGGGAUGCGCUUGUGAAAGAGCUUCGAACGUUGCCCGAUGACUUCACCGAACAUGAUCUGCGAGAGCUGCCUCUCCUAAGCCAAUGCGUCGAAGAGACGCUUCGUCUCUAUUCCGCAGCUCCAGCACUACUUCCCCGGGAGGUCCCUCAAGGCGGAGUAGAGCUUGGAGGUUACUGGCUCCCAGGUGGUACCACGGUGGCCACCCAAGCGUACACGAUGCAUCGACAUCCAGACAUUUUCCCAAACCCUGACGAGUUUAACCCCUAUCGGUGGGCGGCGCCAACAAAGGCUAUGAAGGAGGCCUUCAUGGCAUUUGGUCGUGGACCAAGAAUUUGUAUAGGAUUGCACUUGGCGUAUAUCGAGCUUCGGCUCGCCGCGGCUCGUUUUUUCCAGGAAUUUCCAACUGCAUGUAUGUCUGAGCGUGAAGGAAUGUCGGAUGAUGACAUGAAUGAGACGAUCUAUUUUUUGAUGAGCCCCAAAGGAAAGCGGUGCCUGAUUGAAAAAGCAUCGUGA